UACAGCAGCACUGCCCUGGCAUGCCUGCCUCCUGCCCGUGGCUGUGCUGCCCUACAAGAGGGCAGGGAGGAAGAUGGUGCCUGUCUCCUGGGCUGUGCUGCCUCAGGAAGGUGGGUGCCCCACAGCUCCCUGCCCCAGGGAGGCAGGUGGAGGGAUGUCUGGAGCAGCCUCCCUGGGCAGCACAGGAGGCUGCGCCUGAGCCCUUUCCUGUGGAGGUGUCUGAUGUGCGGAGAAGCUCCGGCGGCAACUAGUGGACCUAACGCAGGAAAAGCUAAGGAAGCGCUCAGUGUGUUCGCAAAGAUGUAGUCACAGGGCAGCUGAGAGAUGGUGGUGGCUGUGUUCCAGGAAUGGGUGGCAGAGGGCCCAGGCCAUCUCCCCUGCACUGAGGGCUGGCAUGUGACCAAGGUCUAGUGCUGCUCGUCCAGCAGCGUGGGGUUGCAGAGGUGCCUGAGCUCCUCAGCCUGUGGGAGGUGGCCAAUGCAGGUGCAACAGAGCAGCCUGGAGUGGUAUGAGAGCAGUGAAAACCCCACAGCAAGAGAACAGAAGGCACCCUAACUGCAACAAGAGCUUGUUCUUCACAUACUGGCAGCACCUCACUGUGGUGAGUGGGAGCAUCAAUGGCAAGGCUGAGGCCUGACAAGAGCCAGGGUGUGCUGACGGCACAUCUGGCUCAGGGAGAGCACCUCAAGCCUGGGCUCCGCCUUUGUGGUCCUUGGCACCUGCAGGUUACCUGUGAGGCCUGGGUGGGCAUCUCCUACGCGUUGUCCAUCAGCUCCAGCUCCCCUGCUCAACCAGCUGCCUCAGCCACAGGUUGUCUCUCAAAGUGUGCCAUGAAACAGUAGAAGCUUUUUGUCAUGGCAUCCCUUUGCCCAGCACUGAAGCACCAAGCUUACUCUCCUUGCAGGGUGCCAGGCACCAGGAAAUGCCUGCAGACCACUUGGGCUCAUGGCACUGGGCAGAGUGGUGCUGAACACAGAGGUUCCCCAAGGUGCUCCUUGCUCUGUCCAUGACUAGCUGUCACUGGGGCUUCUCUGGGAGAAUCACAAUCUCUGGGACAUCGAGUAGAGACAAGAGGCCCUGGAAAUGCUCAGUACCCCAUGCCAGUUGCCUCUAGGAGAGCAAACCUCUGUUGGGGAGAAGGCUUCUCUGGGAAGAAAAGGGGCUCACCAGGGAGAGGGUCACAGGCACCCCACUCCCCUUCAAGGAUUCCCUUGGGUUCAGGGGUGCUGUGGCCCUGACCUCCCUCUGCCAGGACCCUGCUGCAGACCCAGGGAUGGGACACUGCUCACCACCUUGGUCUGGAUGACUCCAGUGCAUUUUCUUGGCAUACCAGCUCCCUUUCCCAGCACCCGGCUCAGCCAUCAGUGAUGCUGGAGAGCAGUUGCCAGGCGGGCAGACUAGCCACAGGCCUUCGGUCCAUCUUGGACCUUCUGCUGGGCUGGCAACAACUGUGGGCCAGGAGCUGGGCGGAUGUGUGCCCCGUGGGGGGAAUCCCUGCUACCUUCAUCAUCACCCCCUCCUGAGCGGCCAGCUUGGCCCCUGUGCCCCAGGAGGGUACAAAAGGAGGCUGGGAGCAGUGGGGUCAGCAGGUUCAGACGCAGCCAGAGGCAAAGGAGGCAGCUGUGUGCCGCCAGCUUCGAGCAUCCUAGUGCCGGCACCAUGACCAUCUUCUGCAGCCACUGCCACAGGCCGCUGCAGGCAGAGAUGAGCUGCCUGCCCAGGAGGGGCAAGCAGGCGCCCGCUGCCUCGAAGCCGUUCAGAUCAACCAAGAGUGCCUCCAAGGCUCGCCGGGACCAGAUUAACGUGGAGCUGCAGGCGCUGCGCUCCCUGCUGCCCAUCUCCGCACGGGAGAAGGAGCGGCUCUCCUACCUCCACACCAUGGCCCUGGUGUGCCUCCAGCUGCGGGGAGCUCAGAUGUUCCCUCCAGACUCGGCUCCUCCUGCAGGACCCGCCCUCGGCACAGAGCUGCUCUCCCUGUUGCCAGGGUUUCUGCUUGUGCUCUUGGCCAACGGCAAGCUGGUCUACAUCUCGGAGAAUGUGGCUCAGGUCCUGGGCCUCUCUGUGGUGGAGCUGCUCGCCCAGGGGGACACAGUCUUUGACAUCCUAGAUGGGCAAGCAUGUGAGGAUGUGCAGAAGAAGCUCCUCCUCGCCCAGGAGGAACCGGGCAGGGAAGUCACAUUUGUCAGCGAGAUGCGCACGUCCAAGACCUUCCGGCUGCAGUAUGGGGGGAAUCGGGCUGUGGCAGUGUGUGGCCGCUUCACAGCCUUGCGCUGGUCGGCCUCCGCCACAGCCUUCCUGGCCCUCUGCACGCCAGUCAUGCGGUUGCAUGCAGACAGCACUGCCAGUUCCCAGGACAACUUAUUCCAGAGCACGCAUGUCUUAGACAUGACCUUUACUGAUGUCACGGAGAGUGUUACCUACCACCUUGGCUACUACAAGGAGGAACUGAUCGGUCAGUCGUGGUACAGCCUCCUGCACCCUGAGGACACUGACCUAGCAGCUGCCCAGCACAGGGCUGUGGUGCUCGGGGCCGGGACCGCAUCGGGGAUGGCCGUGCUGCGCGUGCUGCGCAGGGACCGGACCUGGGCCUGGCUCCGCGUGUCGGCGCGGCGGGACGGCGGGGGCCACGUCAUCACCUGCACCAGCCACUGCCUCAGGGAGGAAGAGGCGGCCUACCUGCGCGCCCGAGAGCACCGCCCCACGCCCCGUAACACGGCGGCGCCGCCGCCCACGCCUGUCGCCGCCCCGCCGCCGGGACGGGAGCUCAGCCUGCUGGCCGCACAGCUCCGCGCCCUGGCCGACAGCCUCUCGCCGCCCGCCGCCGCUCCGGCCUGGCCCGAGGCCGAGGCCUUCCCCCCGGGCCCGCACGACACCGCCCUGACCCGUCUCCUGGGCGACGCGUUGGAGGGGGCGGGAGCCCCUGUCGCGCACGCGCAAUACGUGCCCUGCCCGCACCAAUAA